CGCUAUGUCAGGCCCGAGCCGGCCUCGAGGGCGUGGCUUUUGAUUGCGGCAUUGAUUGCAGCAGCCAAAAUCUCCCUCCGUCCCAUCCCAUGGAUCCCUCCCUUUGCCCCCCUCUUUGACAUGGAGCCUAACGUGCUAUAUGUACCUACAUACAGUAGUCUGCGCCGAAGCUCCUGUCGAUGGCGCUGCGGAGGCCCGCGUCUGUUGGGCUGGGUAGUGUAGCACAAACCUACCACACACACACCAUCACUAAGCGCCAUGCACCGUGAGCACUCCCCGAGAAGGCAUGUUUCUGUCCACGGCCGGCUCUCUCAGCUGGCCCAACGCGGCGGCAUCCGCAAAGCCCCGAACCCCUCCAUCCAAGGCUACCGAAAAUACAAAGAGGGAAACAGGAGCUGCCCCGCUCACAUGGCCAUGUGUCCAUAGCCGAGAGUCUGCUGCCCCGGGCUACAGGGAGGGCUUGCCUGCUUUGCUCGACCCCCACCUCCCCUCCGACAAGGACAACCAGCGCACCGUAACCCUCCAGGCAUAAGCAUCCAGAUUCGGACAGUAAUGAAGCAAAAACAGACAAGAGACCCCCAUGCCCACCCAUCCAUCGGCUUCCAUCGUUUCUGAUCACGGCUGGUGGGCCCGAAACACACGCAUCCUUGCUCUGCCCGCGCACUGUCCUGCGAAGCGAGCGGUGUAGACCCCCCUCUCCCCUCCACAAAUGAUGAAGCUGGUAGCGCCCCUCACGCUCCCCCGCCGUUGAUAUCACACCCAGCUUACCCGUCAGACGCCAGCAAAGGUAACAACAAGCAACAAGCCUUCUUGCUGCACCGUUUUUCGGGGGGCGCGGUUGCUGGCCCAUUGAGAGACUGCUGGAAAAGGUUGCUAUGUACAUUAUGUUCUCUCAGCCCAACUUCCGGGCCGUGAUUGCUUUUGUUCGAACGCAAGGGUGAUGUUUGUUUUGUUUUGUUUCUUCGCAUCACAUCGACUUUGUGAUUUCAUGCCAGCGAAUCCGCCCCGUCUGCGCCUGGUGUCGUUCUUGUGCCCAUCACUAGAAAGGGGUUAAAGGCAAAGGAAAUUGAG